AUGUCGGAGAUAGAUUAUACCAAAAUUAAACAGAUCCCUACAGCACCCAAAGUCAUGAUUCUUCUAUUAGAAAAAAAGCUUACCAGCUAUCCACAGUACCUUCAACUUAGCUCCAAGUUCGAAUUAAUUUUUGACAAACCUGAUGCAUUUCAGAUGUCUGCGCAGUUUAGUAUUUCACACAUAAGUGUACCGGUGAAAAGCCUCAGCUUCUGUGAACGUCACAUAGCUGUAGCAACUUCAUACGCACUGACAGAGAUCAUUGAACUGGAGGAAGGUUAUGGAGUUCGAGUCAGAAGAUUGGAGCGGCAACUUGCCAGUCUUACUGGAAACAUUGUCGUGGAUAACAAGAUGACUGCCUUUGCUGCUGAGAUGCAACGGGCCUUGGAGGGUCUACAACGGCAUCUCUCGGCCACAGUGAACCUCUCAGAAAACUUGCGAGCCCAACUGCAGAUGUGCGCAAUGAAUCCAACUAAUGCUGCUCAAUGCUUUCUUGACUUGGAACCCAAAUUUGCACACUACACCGCCUACCUGGUGCAUCUCAGCCAGCUGAUGAAUGCCUAUGAGAAGAUUGGCAUUAAAAACCAGGAGGUUUGCUUUGAACUGACACCAGUCACUGAAACCCCUCCUCCGUCCGCUAGCGCCCCGACUUUCAAUAUGGAUGCCAAGGCAGCUGGAGGUAACGAUGACAUCGAGACCCUUAUUGGAGCCAGACAGUUCCUGGAGCAACUCUUCAUUCCGCAGGCCCACCUCACCUCCUACGAGAGUCUGUUGGGCUACCUGGCACGCUAUUCAGCCCGCUCACAAAAUCCCACUCGCGAGCUUGAAGCGGCCAUGGCAGUUGUUCGGCAGGCCAGCAGAAGGGCAGUGGAACUGCAACAGCUAUGGCCCUUCGUGGCGGACAUGCCUUCAGAACUGGGAGCAGUACCCCCCAAGGACGUUGUGAUUCAAGAUUUGGAGAAAUUACCGAAGCCCCUAGUUCGGAUGACCCGCCUGACAGUAAAUCGACGCAAAGGUGGGAGAGUUAGGCCAGAGCGCAACACUGAUGGCUUUCUUCUCCUCGAUCCGAAUCAUCUGAUCUUUUUGAGGGAACAGUCAGAACCUGUGGAUACACCCAUGUAUGCUGUGGCAUGGAAGACUCCCGUGAGUCAUCUUGCGUUUUGUACUCUUCUUAUUCUAUCUUGUGACUGUUCCUAA